AUGAUUAUAACGCACUGUGUUAUUUGGCAAGCUGUAAAGAACUCUAUCUCUCUGAAGACAGUAAACUUCAUGGGGUGUAAUGUGACAUGGCAGGGAGCAGAUCACAUGGCCAAGAUCUUAAAGUAUCAGACCACCAGAAGGCAUGUGGACACCUGGGCUGAGAGUCUUCCUUCCAGGAGAUCUGAUCUUGACUGUAUGGCUGGUUUGAGGAGCAUCACUCUGAACUACAACACGCUCAUUGGUGACCUGGGUGCAAGUGCUUUUGCGGAAUCUCUUAGUGAGGAUUUGUGGCUUGGAGCACUUGACCUGCAGCACUGUGGCCUCACCAGUGAAGGAGCAAAGGCUUUACUAAAGGCCCUUGAAACCAACAGAACUCUGCUCGUUCUGGUAAUAAGAAAAAAACCCACCGUAAAUCAUUCUGUGAUGAAAGCAGUUAUGAAAAAAGGUCUGCAGAAUGGAAGGAGUGCCAAGUCAGAGUACCAAUGGAUAAGUUCUCCAUCGGUGAAGGAACCAUCCAAAGCUGCUAGACAGAAAAAGAGAACUAUAAUUUUGGGAAGUGGUCGAAAAGGAAAAGCUACUCUUAGAAUUGUUGCACAUUACAGAAAAAAAUCUGGAACAAGAAACAUGUUUUUCAGAUGUCCAGUGGUGCCCCAGAAUAGAAGCAAGAUGAAUAUUCCAUUUCGCAUUGGCAACACCAAAGGAGAUGAUUCUUUAGAAAAAAGAUUUCGCGACAAAGCUCUUGAACUCAGUGGGAGGUUGGACACGGUGGUGUCAGGUGCUGCGACCCUCGCAGGAGCUGUUGACGGGAAGGAGGGUCGUCGUGAUGCUCAACCCGGUGCUCCUGCUCUUAGCGGCUGCAUCGGUGGUUCUUCUGGGUCCGUGGGAGGCAUUCGGGCCUCUCUGCAUAACGCUGUCACCAUCGAAGAUGUCCAGAAGCUGGCAGCCUUUGUGAAGCAGUUUUUGGAGAUGCACCAGCUAUGA